AUGAAUAAACAGCACUUUCAGACAUUAUCUCAAGCUUUGGAUCAAUUGAUGAGCAAUUGUGAAGACAAUGAAACUAUUGUUCAAAAACUCAUUGCCGAAGACAGUCAUCGAGAGUCGAGUGAAUCCACAAAAAGACAAUCAAUUGAUGAAAGAGUUGUUUGCAAAAGAAGACAAUUCAAGCGAAAGUCUAAUAAGAAACGAGUGAUUUGUAAACCAGUCGUCGAAGACAUUAAACCAAAGCAUAACAAGACUUCAGUCAAGACUAACACUAAAACACGUGAAGAGUCAGACGAGAGUUAUGUCGAAGAAUCAGAUGAUAGUUAUGUCGAAACGAAGACAUAUAAAGCAAUGAAAAGACAUAAACCGACAAAAAGUGGUUCAAAAUCGAGUCCUUCUCUUCUGAUCCCAGAUUUCAACGAAAGACAGAAAAUGUUUGAUUUGAUCACAAAUUCAUAUAAAUGUCCGAAAACUGAAUGUCAGAAGACUUUAAAAACUGACUCCAGUUUUAAAUUACAUUUGUAUAGAAAACACACAAACCGUAUAAUUAAAUGUGGAUAUAAAGGAUGUGAUAAACAGUAUAGAAAUAGAGGUUCGCUUUAG